AUGGCAAAAAUAAACAAAAAGUCAAGUUUUGCCAAACAUUCUACUGGAAGUGCUCAUCUCAUAUCAGUUCCGUCAGUUGCCUUCUCACGGAAUGACUCUUCGCUACCACCAUAUUUCCUCACUUGUCCUCCGAGCCAACAAAUUUUCUUCACAAACUCAUCGUCAUCAUCAUCACCACCCUCCUACCCAAUUUGGUGGGAACCCCCGCAACUGAACCCCACCCUUGACGAUUACACGACCACCCACCUAACCUCGAACUUCAAACCUGGAAACCCCUUCCAAGCUGGCCUCCACCUCGUCAACUACACGACCACCAAUCAAUAUGGCCUCCUGGCUACCUGUCUAUUUAACAUCACUCUGACCAUGCUGGGAUCGCUACCCAAACCAAUCGUGCAAGAAUUAAGCAUCAGAUUUUCUGGAGACUGUCCUCAAAACGUACCAGACUUUAAGAAAAAUUUUCCAAGGGCAAUCGCAUUUGCUUUCUAUUCAUGGAGCUUGUGUUACACAUCUCAGUCGGCGUCAUCAUCAUCAUCAUCAUACUCGACUUACAACAACAAACUUGACUUAUGUUCACUAAGCAACUUUCAGGAAGUUAUGUGUUUGAAAAAUGAAACUGCAAGGACGAAGCGACAGACAUCACCUUCUGGAAGUGGUAGUAGUGGAGUUGUGACAACAAUUGAUGUCUGGAACAGUUCUUAUUUGAAGAAUUCGACCGACAAGUUAAAAAGCCUCAUUUCAAACGGCGAUUUCACAGUGGAGUACAAUGGAGUGGAGUACAGGGCCAUUCAGAUGACCGACACACAGCUGCCUUCAAAUAACUGCCCUUCCAAAACCAUGCAGCCUCAAAACGAUUUUGAAGUACUUAAUAACUUUUCUUCUUUCUACAAAUAUUUCAUGCCUUGGGAAAUGUUCAGACCUGCAGAUGUGGUAGGAAGUGAUAGUGAGACUGUUUAUAUGAACAUCUCACAAUAG